AUGGUCUCUACGGACAUUCCCCAUCUUCGACAGUAUGGAACAACCAAGCAGCUCAUCGUUAAUGGCAAACCAUACCUCAUGCUGGGCGGAGAGCUACAAAACUCAUCGCUCUCAUCUGCUGAGUACAUGAGCGAAGUUUGGCCAAAGAUGGUAGCAACAAAGGUUAACACUCUUCUUGGCUCCGUUAGCUGGGAGAUGAUUGAGCCUGAGGAAGACCGUUUUGACUUCGAAGAGCUGGAUAAAGUCAUUCUGGGUGCUCGCGAACAUGGCUUGCAUCUGAUUCUAUUGUGGUUCGGUUCUUACAAGAAUGGUAGAUCUACAUACGCUCCAUCAUGGGUCAAAACUAACCUAAAACGCUUUCCUCGUGCCGAGCUCAGAAAGGCUGGAGGUGUAGUCGAAGUUGCAGACGUCUUGUCUAUGUUUCAUGGAGAGAGCGUGGAAGCGGACGCCAAAGCGUUCCGAAAGCUACUCGUACACCUGAAAGAAGUCGACGAGAAACAUAGCACUGUUCUGAUGGUUCAGGUCGAGAACGAAGUCGGUCUUUUGUUCGACAGUCGAGACGGGAGCGCGCAAGCCAACAAGGUAUUCACGGAACCUGUACCUAGUGACCUCCUUGAGUUCUUGAGCAAAGACUACGACACACUUCACACGGAUCUUAAGAAUAAUCUGAAAACAUUUGUUGCUCGGUCGAAACCACAGUCUGGUACAUGGGAAGAAGUUUUCGGAUCAAGUAAUAAGACGGAAGAACUCUUCAUGGCUUACCACUACGCACACUACGUCAAUCGUGUAGCAGCAGCUGGCAAGGCCGAAUAUCCUCUCCCGCUAUAUACCAAUGUGUGGCAGAAUUACGUCGGAGAAGAUGCUGACAACGACGAGGAUACGCCUGUAGUAGUUGGAGGAGGUGGAGAACCAGGCGACUACCCUUCCGGAGGCGCAACAACCAAUGUUCUUGAUAUCUGGCUGCGUUUUGCGCCUGACAUCGACUUUAUCGCACCAGAUGUUUAUCUGAAUGAAUAUACGACCCUGUGCGAUAAGUACCGACAUCGCGAUAACAUACUCUUCAUUCCGGAACAGCGAAGAGACGAAUACGGUGCACGGCGAAUCUGGAUCGCGUACGGAACAUUUCAAGCUUUGCUAGCCAGUCCAUUUGGCAUUGAUACCCUGGAGCCAGAGACCAAUCCUUUCACCAAGCACUAUGGGCUACUAGCAAAGGUUUCUCAGCUCGUCUUGGAGGCACAGCAGAACCCUGGAUCCUCUGUUGGGUUCUGUUUCGAUGAACUCGUCGGCAGCAAAGACCCUUCGAAACCCAUCAAGAAGCGUUUUGGUGACUGGGAUCUCACUAUUGAGCGGUCCUUCGUUUUUGGAAAGCCAGGCACAGGCAGCGGCAUGGUCAUUCAUCGUGGCGGGGCGCGCUUCCUGCUCAUUGGCUGGGGCUUUCAGGUCACAGGUCGAUCGACAAAGGCUGAUACGAAGUUUAACGGCAUUCUCAAGAAUGAAGAAAAGGUUGUGGAGGAUAUGUCGACAGGCAAACUACGAACACUGAGAACGUUGGGUGGCGAUGAAACAAGGAGCGGAGCCAGCGCAGUGAUGCCUAACGAGGAUCCUGAUUACGGUGGCUUUCCUAUCGCUAUAACCAUCCCGGCGAAGACGGGUAUUGCAGAAGUGGAGUUCUACUCUUUCUGA